CUCAUUUUUUUUUCACCCCCGCCCACACGUGCGCGUGGAUGCGUUUCUUACCAAAUGGAAGCGCUCCAUGUUCUGUAUAAAGAAACAUUUAAAAUACAAUAAAAACCGUCAAUUUUCUACAUGGAUCUCGCAGCAAGGGAUUCCUACAUCCAGAAAUUUGCCAGGAAAGAGUUAAAUCAGCAGAAGCAGGAAGCAAAGAAGAGGCCAUUCGCUCCAUUCAAGGGCCAGAAUGAUGGCGGUCCACCACAGAAGAAGAAAAAGUGCAAAAAGAAGUCAUUCAAAAAUGAAAAGAAGCAAAGUGUGACACCUCCAAACAAGUCCAGUCCAAAGUCGGCACACAACGGACACUUGAAAGUGAACACAAAACGCGCGGCAGAUACAGGAGGGGCAAAUGUGAAGGACACUUUCUCUGCCUUUGAUGUUUUACGGAAGAGGCUUCACGAGAAGAUUGAAGAGGCCAGAGCACAGGGAGCCCCAAAGGAGGCGCUGUCAGAGGCUGUCCAGGCCAAACGGGCCAAGCGGAAACUGGAGCGUGAGCGCAAGAAGCGAAAGAAGAAGGAAUUCCAGUUGAAGAAGAUGGCAGAAGCCCAAAGCAAGCAGGCCGAGGUGAAGAAGGAAGAGAAGGACGAACAGAAAGUGGCCCCCACGGCCAUAAACAAGCGACAAGAGGGCGCCGUGAUCUUCAACAUGGUGGAGACGGUGGAGGAGGAGUACAUGGACAAGGUCAUGAAGAAGAAGGCCAAGAAGCAGCACAUCAAGGGUCAAAUCACGCCGCUGUCCGGGCGCAACUACAAGCAGCUGCUGAGCCGGCUAGAAGCGCGCAAGGACAAACUGGACAAGUUGCGGGAGACGGACGAGGUCAAGGCCCAGGAGGUGGAGGCCAGGAUGAAGUGGACCAACGCACUGUACAAGGCCGAGGGUAUCAAGAUCAAGGACGAUGAGGACAUGCUGCGCACUGCCCUGGCCAACAAGGAGAAGAAGCGCAGCCGGCGGAAGAAGCAAUGGGAUGGGCGCAGCCAGAUGGUCGUGGAGAAGAUGCAGAAGAGGCAGGACAAGCGACGCAGGAACAUCCAGAAGAGGAAGAUCACCAAAGUGGAGAAAAAGAAGAACAAGGCCAGAAAGAAGGGCAGAGUUCUUCCCGAGGACUUGAAGAAAGCCAACUUGUAGUUACGAGCGGCAACGGUGCUUCCCAUUUCUCGUUCAAUGGGUGGGACACAAAUGCUAACUGAUUUUAAACUAUAAACAAAAUGAUACAAACA